CCCCAAACUCGGCAUAAACAUAGCCUUUACUUGUCCUUUAAACCGCACAGAGCCUUUGAUUGUCGCUAAUGUUGCGUUGUGAUUAUUCGCACUGAGCGUUCUAGCUAGUCAUUUUAGCUACGCGUUCCGGCUCAGAUUACGUCCCGACAGCUGCUCUGUCAACGACGUACCUACGUCCGUCCGCCGCAAAUAACGCUACAUAAGCAAGAGAGCAACUUUGGCAUAUAACCACCAUGGUCCCGAAAGCGCCUUCACGAGAGGCCUUGAUCUUACUCAGGCAUACCAUACGACCUUCGAUCGCGGUUCGAUCGCAGGCACAAUGCCGUCUCCUCUCUACCACUGGCCGUGCAUCGUUGCUUCCACAAACUCGAACACACCCUUCGCGUCAAUCUUCGCGCAAUGCCGCAACCUUCACACAUUCGCAUCAUGCCGAGGCGGUCUCGAUUAUCUCCACCGCGGUCGAGCCUAGCUCUGCCGACUUCAAGGAAAAUAAGCGCCAGAUGGACGAGGCAACGGAAAACCUGGUCAAUCUACAUAAUAAGAUUGCACAAGGAGGGCCGCAAAAAGCAAAGGACAAGCACCUACAGAGAGGCAAGAUGCUGGUUAGGGACAGGAUAACAGCUCUGAUCGACCCUGGAACGCCGUUCCUGGAGUUGAGCCAGAUGGCCGGCUACGACAUGUACCCGGGCGAAGACGUACCUGCAGGCGGCAUUGUUACUGGCAUUGGCACCGUCAAUGGUAUUCAAUGUGUAGUCGUGGCAAACGAUGCGACGGUGAAGGGUGGCACGUACUACCCGGUUACUGUCAAGAAACACUUGCGUGCUCAAACGAUUGCCCAAGAGAACCGACUACCGUGCAUCUACCUCGUUGAUUCUGGAGGCGCGAAUCUCCCAAACCAGGCAGAUGUGUUUCCUGAUGUCAAUCAUUUUGGCCGCAUAUUCUACAACCAAGCACGAAUGUCGAGCAUGGGCAUACCGCAGAUUAGCGUCGUGAUGGGCCCCUGUACAGCAGGCGGCGCAUACGUGCCUAGCAUGAGCGACGAAAACAUCAUCGUGGAGAAUCAAGGACACAUCUUUCUUGCUGGUCCACCGCUCGUCAAGGCAGCGACUGGCGAGGUGGUCUCAGCAGAAGAUCUAGGUGGUGGCAAGCUGCACAGCGAGAUCUCAGGCGUGACAGACUAUCUAGCGGUCGACGAUGCUCAUGCACUCGUCCUCGCCCGCAGGAGCGUAGGCAACCUCAAUUGGCACCGCAAUCAAACUGCAUCCUCGCAGGCGAGUUACCAAGAGCCGCUCUACGACCCCCAGGAGCUCUCAGGCAUCGCAGGGACCAAUCUACGUCGACAAAUUCCUAUCCACGAAGUCAUCGCGCGCAUCGUCGACGGAUCAAGCUUCUCCGAGUUCAAGCCAUUGUACGGGUCAACCUUGGUCACUGGCUUUGCGAAGAUCUACGGCCAACCCGUAGGCAUUGUAGCCAACAACGGCAUCCUCUUCAGCGAGAGUUCACUGAAAGGCGCGCAUUUCGUCCAGCUAUGCGGCAAGCGCCAUAUUCCACUAGUCUUCCUGCAGAACAUUUCAGGCUUCAUGGUCGGCCAGGAUGCUGAAAAGGGUGGCAUUGCAAAGAAUGGCGCGAAGCUCGUGACGGCCGUAAGCUGUGUCGAUGUGCCCAAGUUCACGGUAGUCGUUGGAUCGAGUGCCGGUGCGGGCAAUUACGGCAUGUGCGGUCGCGCAUACUCUCCCCGCCUGCUCUUUACCUGGCCGAAUGCGAAGACGUCCGUCAUGGGCGCCGAGCAACUCUCCUCGGUUAUGGAGGCUGUCGGCAAGCAAGCAGACCCUGCUCUCAAGGCUAGAAUCGAGCAUGAGAGUGAGGCGACUUUCGGCAGUGCGAGAUUAUGGGAUGAUGGUAUCAUUCCUCCCGAGCAUACAAGACGAGUUCUCGGCAUUGGCUUGCAGAUGGCGUGUGGUGGACAAAACAAGGGCGUUGAGAAGGAGAGCACUUGGGACUCAAUCAAAGAUGUCGCCUCCAAGGUUGCGAAACAACUCGUCGCGCAGUAUGCCACAAUCGACGACAAAGGCGCUCACGUCCUCGGUGGCUACCCAGGCAUUUUGUACCCGCCAUAUUACUGGUGGCAGGCUGGAGCUAUGUUCGGCACCCUACUAGACUACUGGCACUAUACCGGCGAUGAUCAAUACAACGACAUGGUGCGCGAGGGCUUGAUUCACCAAUUUGGAGAGCAUAAAGACUUGAUGCCGUCGAAUCAGUCCAAGAAUGAAGGAAACGAUGAUCAGGUCUUCUGGGCCUACUCCAUGAUCGCCGCAGCCGAGUACAAGUUCCCAGAUCCUCCACCAGAUCAGCCCGGAUGGUUGGCCAUGACGCAAUCUGUCUUCAAUCAAUUCGUAGGGCGCUACAACAAAGAGGUUGCAGAUGGCAACUGUGGCGGUGGUAUGCGAUGGCAGAUCUUUCCAUGGCUCAAUGGCUGGACCUACAAGAACACGGCUUCCAACGGAGGUCUCUUCCAUCUGGGAGCAAGACUGGCCAUGUAUACAAAGAACGACACGUACGCAAAGUUUGCCGAGAAGGCGUUCGACUGGAUGUCUCAAAGUCCCCUGUUGCCAGGCGAUGGUCAGGUGUAUGAUGGAACAAGCAUGACUACGAAUCCCCCUUGCAAGGAUGCGGACAAGACUCCCUGGACGUACAAUUACGGCAUCAUGAUCGCAGGAUCCGCAUACAUGUACAACUACACGAAUGGCGCUGAAAAGUGGAAAACCGCUUUAACCAACUUUCUCAAGCAGUCCGAGCGCUUCUUUCCCGAUCAAUUCGGUGGUGUAAUGUACGAGGUCUGUGAACCCAAAGACCUCUGCAACAAGGAUCAGGAAAGCUUCAAGGCUUACCUUUCCCGCUGGCUUGCUGUCGCUAUACAAAUGGCUCCUUUCACACAUGACCUGAUCAUGCCUCAUCUACUCAAAUCGGCUGUAGCGGCAGCACAAACAUGCGAGGGCCCUUCGCAGCACAAUGGCGGACCUCAUCAGUGCGGCAUGCGGUGGUUCCAGCCCGGUUUUGAUGGUAAAGGCGGCGUAGGCACACAAAUGACGGCUCUGAAUAUCAUCAGUGUGCUCAACGUAGAUCGGGUGCCUGCACCCUACUCGAGCAACACGGGCGGAAGUAGUAAAGGGGAUCCCGGGCUGGGUUCGGGCGGCGACCAAGAAAGACUACCCACUGUUGAUGGUAAGAUCACAACGGCGGAUAAGGCAGGCGCCGCUAUUGUCACCAUCAUUAUGGUGGUAACCACACUAGCAGGUGUGUGGUGGAUGGUUUUAUGAGCUGGGUCUGGGAGCAUUGGCAUACUCAUGGUUUAGGAUCUGGCAUGAUGAUGGCGUUUGGUGUCUUGAGAGGGCAUUUUAGCGCUCUGUGCCGG